AUGGAAAUAAGAGACAGCAAAGUAAAACUAGUUAUACUUCUAUUCGCAGCUUCACUCUUCACAUCUGCAGCAGUAUUAUACAUAUACAUACGUUUGAAUAAUAGUAGUCUAAGUAUCUCAAAACUUCAAAAGAAAGAAGCUGAAGAUAUUACGCAUAGAAUUGAAUUAAAUGAGGAAGAAGCAGAUGAGACAGAUGAGCCAGUAGAGGAAGAAGCAGAUGAGGAAGAUGAGGAAGAUGAGGAAGAAAAAGCACAAGAAGUAGAUGAGACAGAUGAGUCAGAGCAAAAUAAAGAGAAAUCAAAGAUUCUAGACAAUGGGUGUAGAGCAGAAGAAAGAGAAGAACAGAUAGAUGCAAACAUGCAAGAAAAUGAGAUGUCUACUAGCUGCCAUAGUGGAGAGGAGAAAGUGCUGAAAACACUCACAGGUACAGCUAAAUACAUUUUUAAGAGCAAUCUGGUGCAGUGGACUUAUCUGGCAAUAUUCUACUACAAGGUUUUAUUAACAUAG